GUUGCUUUUUUUUUUUUUCAAAUAAUUUCUCUUCCCGCCAGAAUAAUAAAUUUGUUUAAAAAAAAUAACCCUUAUUAAAAAAAUAAAUAAAUAAUGAGUCGUCGGAAUUAGAUUCGGAAAAUUCGGAAGAAUAGAGUUUAGCGAAAGAUAAUUACACACACACACACACACAUAUAUAUAGUAUAUGUUUUAGGCAGCGCCGAGCAUAGCGGUUGUCCGUCUCUCUCUAUGAUCUGCCGGGCCGGUUCGCUGCGCAGGUUUGGAACGCGCGCCAUUUUGUGAAAUUUACAAAAAAAAAAAAAAAAAAAAAAAAAAAAAAAAAAGAAAAAACUUGCCAAGAAAACAAGGCUUUUAACGACAGGAACAGCGUUUUAUUCUUUAAAUUUGGAUAACAACAUAUUGAUACAGACAGCACUCAUCGACAGAAAGGAUUUUAUCCCGUGAUAAAUGAAUGUACGUUUUCCCAGUGUCUUACCGAAUAAGUUUGUGUUUAGUUGUGGAGAGGCGCUAUUGAUUUGGAAAUUGAAUUGACACGGAGUCCGGAGGAGUGAGGAUUGUUGCGGUUUGGAAACUGGGGGCUUGUUGGAGGAGAGGAGAAGCUGGAUCUUUUACUUGAUUCCACGGACUCGGAGGCCUUUUUGGAAGAUCCGAUAUUACGAGUAAAAGGGAAACAUUCACAUAGAGGCUUCAAGUAACAUGCAAAGCACAUGUGGAUGGUAUGCCAGAGUAAACCAACUCAAACUAGGAGGAGCUUGGAUCAAACCCAACUUUUCACUUGACCUUCCCAAAUGAUUCUGCUGGCUAAUGACAAAAUAAAACAUCAAGCUGUGAGAGCAAAAGGGGCAUUAUCUCCUGAAAAACACUUUCAAGUUGGCCUAGUGGGCUGUGGUUUGCUGCUGGACUCUCCUCCCAGGAUGAUAUGAGACUUAACAGAAGACGAUGCAUACAGGAGGAGAGACUUCAGCAUGCAAACCUUCAUCUGUUCGGCUUGCACCCUCUUUUUCUUUCCAUGCUGCUGGCGCUCAGAUGGCAGCACAGAUGCCUCAUUCGCACCAGCAGUACAGUGACCGUCACCAGCAGGGUGCUGACCAGUCAAUCACUGCGUCAUCGUACAGUGACCAGGUUCAGCAGCCUGUUGCCAACCAGAGACGGAUGCCCCAAACCUUUCGUGAUCCUGUUGCUGCUCCCCUGAGGAAACUCUCUAUUGACCUGAUCAAAACAUACAAACACAUAAAUGAGGUUUACUAUGCAAAAAAGAAAAGAAGACACCAACAAGGCCAGGGCGACGACUCAAGUCACAAGAAAGAACGGAAGGUUUACAAUGAUGGGUACGAUGACGACAAUUAUGAUUACAUUGUGAAAAAUGGAGAGAAAUGGAUGGAUCGCUAUGAAAUCGACUCCUUAAUAGGCAAAGGGUCAUUUGGACAGGUUGUAAAGGCAUAUGACCGUGUUGAGCAGGAGUGGGUGGCAAUUAAGAUCAUCAAGAACAAGAAGGCUUUCUUGAAUCAAGCCCAGAUUGAAGUGCGGCUCCUUGAGCUCAUGAACAAACAUGACACUGAGAUGAAGUACUAUAUAGUUCAUCUUAAGCGUCACUUUAUGUUCCGGAACCACCUCUGCCUAGUUUUUGAAAUGCUGUCGUACAACCUCUACGACUUGCUGCGCAACACAAAUUUCCGUGGUGUGUCUCUGAACUUGACCCGCAAGUUCGCUCAGCAGAUGUGCACAGCAUUGCUGUUCCUCGCUACCCCAGAGCUCAGCAUUAUCCACUGUGACUUAAAACCUGAGAACAUCCUCCUAUGUAACCCGAAGCGAAGCGCCAUCAAAAUCGUUGACUUUGGCAGUUCCUGUCAAUUGGGACAGAGGAUAUACCAAUACAUUCAGAGUCGUUUUUACCGGUCACCAGAGGUGCUACUGGGAAUGCCUUAUGACCUUGCUAUUGACAUGUGGUCUCUCGGCUGUAUUCUAGUGGAGAUGCAUACUGGAGAGCCACUCUUCAGUGGGGCAAAUGAGGUGGAUCAGAUGAACAAAAUUGUAGAAGUUCUAGGUGUCCCACCUAAUCACAUACUGGACCAAGCACCAAAAGCAAGAAAGUUCUUUGAGAAGUUGUCUGAUGCCACAUGGGGUGUAAAAAAGACCAAAGAUGGAAAGAGGUAUAAGCCCCAAGGUUCCCGUAAACUCCACAUUAUCCUUGGUGUUGAAGCUGGAGGCCCUGGAGGCCGGCGCGCUGGGGAAUCUGGACACGCUGUAGCCGACUACUUAAAGUUUAAGGACCUAAUUUUGAGAAUGCUAGAUUACGAUCCCAAGACCCGGAUUCAACCGUACUACGCCCUGCAGCACAGCUUCUUCAAGAAAACUGCAGACGAAGGAACGAACACAAGCAACAGUGUAUCAACAAGUCCUGCCCUGGAGCAAUCGCAGUCUUCAGGAACCACCUCGAGCACGUCUUCAAGCUCAGGAGGCUCCACUGGAACAAGUAACAGUGGAAGAGCAAGAUCAGACCCAACCCAUCCACAUCGGCAUAGUGGGGGGCAGUUUACUGCUGCUGUCCAGGCCAUGGACUGUGAGGCCCAUUGCCCGCAGGUGCGACAGCCAUAUCCUCCUCCUGUAGUGUGGACUGGUGGAGAUGUUCCUCAGCAGGUCACCGUGGAAACCCACCCAGUCCAGGAGACCACCUUCCUCGUAGCUCCACAGCAGCCAAACGCAUUACAUCAACCCCACAGCAUCAACAGCAGCGCCCAUCACCACCAUCACCAUCACCAACAUCACCAUCAUGGACAACAGGCCGCAGGCAACCGGAACAGACCCAGGAUUUAUAACUCUCCAACAAACAGCGCGUCCACCCAGGAUUCAAUGGAGGUGGUCCACAGUCACCACUCCCUGACCUCCCUGUCUUCCUCAGCCUCCGCCUCCUCUUCCUCCACAUCUUCCUCUUCUACUGGUAACCAAGGCAACCAGGCUUAUCAGAACCGCCCAGUUGCUGCCAAUGCCUUGGACUUUGGCCAAAACGGCACAGUGGACAUGAAUUUGGCCGUCUUUUCAAAUCCCCGCCAAGAGACUGGCAUAACUGGACAUGCAAAUUACCAGAUCGCGGCAAACACAGGCGCGGCUCACUACAUGGCAGAGGGACAUCUGGCCAUGCGGCAAGGAAUUGACCGGGAGGAAUCUCCUAUGGCAGGAGUGUGUGUCCAGCAGAGUUCUGUGGCUAGUUCGUGACUAAAAUGAGAGUGGGUUUGUUUUUUCUGUGUGUAUUUAAGGUGGUGUUUUUCAAAAAUGAAGUGCAUAGAGAUCAAAAGCUGCUUAACUCAGUUGAGAUUAUCACUGAACCGCUAACACAGUGCAGAGUCGAUCUUUUUGUUUGGUUGUUUAAGUUAAACAAAAUAGCUGAAGGACUGCAAAGUAUAAGUAAGUACAGCAAGAGCUAUGCCCAACCCUACUUUAACCCUUUCACAUACUAGUUUGUUUGCAGGUGUUGCAUUGCCAUGGGUUCUGAGCUAUGUGUACAAUGAACCUUUGUAUAAUUAACAAGGAUUCAAUGCGGAAACUAGUUUUGUGCUGGUGGUCAUUUGCAAGCAAAUGCAGCUGCAUAUGAAUAAUUCAAACACUUAAACAGUUAAAUCUGGCAUAAUAUUAGAAUUGCUGUUUUUUAUUUAUUUUAGUCACUUUUUUUAUUUUCUUUUUUUCCCCUGUGUGUUGUGCAGUCGUCGUCCCCCCCCAAAAAAAACAUGUAGUACUGUGAGGAAGAGGCACUUGCAUCAGCAUAGAGGUGCAGAUGGGCAUGUUUUGGUAGGCACAAUCAGGCAUGUCAUGUGGCAGUCGUUGGAAUUAUCCUCGUGUGCUCACUUGGAGGUGGUGUUAAAUGCAGCGGUUACAGUAUACAUCAGUCCCUAGAUUCAGGGACCCAGUUCAGCUAAUGCUAGGACUUCACAGGUCAAAAUCGAUGAGAUGCACUGAGAAGCAAUCACCAGGUCCUUUUUGGCCGAACCUAGGGAUGUCUGGGUGGCAGCAGUCCCCUUGGACUUUGAAUUUGGACUCUGAAUGGAAGAAGCUGGACAUUAUCAUUUAAAUAAAAUAGCUUUUGUGUAUUUUUGAACUCUAGACAGCCCUUAAUUCUUAAAAGAACUGGUAAUUUAAGAGGCCUUUCUUUUAACUAAAGUUUAAGACUUGGGUGACCCUGUGACUGCAGGGUGAUCUUGUACGUCCACACAUUUGUCCUAAAGUUGACUUCCUAAUAUAACUGAAGGUUGCAGAAGUAGUGGUAUGAGAGUGAUGGAGAAAGCUAUGACUGUGUCCCUUCCUGCUUUUUACUUGCUUUUUAUUUCUUUGCUUUGUUUUUUGGUUCUUCAGCAUGUGGUUCCUCCACCAUAACUUCUGCACAUACAUCUUCUGUUCAUUCUGAACAUUAAAAAAAAAAAAAAUGCAGAAUUUUAUGUGACUGCUUUUUUUUUUUUUGCCUCACAAUUAUGCUGUGAAUUUUACAAGAAUUUAUUUUCCUUUUUGAUAAUUUAUUGUACCAAAGCUGUUUUUUUUUAUAGCACAUAAGAUGUCUGUAACCAAUAAUGUAGCAGUUCUGCACUUUGACACAAAGUGUAUCUACUAGACCUUUUUUAAAUGUCAGUAAAACAAUGGCUGUAUCUAUUGCUUUAGCAAAACUGGAACUGUUGUUGAACUCAGUACAUUCACUGUUAGCUGUAUCCUGGAUGGAAGUGUUUAAAAAAACAAAAAACAAAAAAAAAUGAUUUCAAAUGACUAUCCUGUUCACCUUCCUUCUUUCCUUUCUUUUUUUCUUCCUUACUCGAGGGGACAUUAAUUGCAGAUCUUGUUAGUUACUCUGCAGGUUCCGGAGUACCAGGACAAUGAAUGAGGAUUCAAGGCAAGACUUUGUUUGCAUGAGGUACAGGUGGAAGAGAAUGAUAUCAACAAUGGUGCAUUAAAACUGCUUUUUAAUCUGAGGCUUAUGAUGGCAAAACAUCUGCCUUAGUGAAUGGGUCUGCUGCCUUAAUUGCACACAAGGUCAAUUUUCAGUGGCUAGUGGUACCUUCUGUUGCUCAUAACAAGCAGUGGAAUCCAGUAUUAAAGGUACUGUAUGCGGCUUGUAAAAUAAAAAGGGGGUGGGAAAAAUCUUGAAUUUUACAAUAGAUAUAUAUCAAAAAGCAUUAAACUCUAAAAAUGCAUUUUUAGCACCAUUGAUGAGAAGAAUAGCUGCUGUCUGAAAACGACUAUUCAAAAAUUUCAGUCAUAUGAAACAGGAAUUGGCUGUGCAAAUUUGGUGGGCCAAUUUGACGAAACAAAGUUAACAGAGAAGCAGGUAAUGGUUUUUCCCCUUUUUAUGGUUUAAAGACAAUCUCUUAAUUUUUAAUAGUGUUGAACUGUAUUUUGAUUCAGAAUUGGAAGUUACCUGUGAUUGCAGUAAAUGAUUAAGUACUUCCAGAACUUGCCAGUUGGCUAUGCCAGUAAAAGGCAGUGGUGAUGGAUGCUUUAUCUUGUAAGUAUUUUAGGCUAGACAGUUUCCUGUUUCUUGUUAAAAGCAGGUACUAGUGGCUUUUUAAAAAUGUCAUAUAAGCUGUAAACAGGAAACCUUUUAACAAAUAUAACUGGCACAAGUUUUUAUAGCGUGUCUAUUUUAUGUCUGGCUUCUUUAAUUGUGUUAGGCUCACACAAACAUAAACACAUAGAAAACAAAUCGAAUUUGUACACCAUUAAACUCUUCAACGGCCAAUAUGACUUCAGGCUCCUCCCUUUCUCAUUUCUUUUUUCUCGUUCCUUUCUUACCUUUUAUUCUUUUUGAAUUCCAAUCCAGUUUUGAGUGAUUGACUACACUGUUUGGUUACAGGACUUCUGACUUGUGCACUGUAAACAUGAACAGCAUGGAAAAGGAUAAGUACCUGUGUCCACAGAUUUGUAAGAGCUAGUCAAGACUUGCUGUGUAUAUUAUAAUGUUACAAAAAAAAUUGGACAACCCCUUUGUAUUAUAUUCAAGCGGUCUUCUGUAUGAUAAAAAAAAAAGUU